CCUUGAUCUCGCCUUUCUUCAUACUUUUUUUAAGAGACAGCAAUUGGGAAUGACACGCGGCAAACUCAUCGUUUUCGAAGGCGUGGAUCGCGCGGGGAAAUCGACGCAGGUGCGGCUUCUUGGGGAGGCGUUGCGGAGGGAAGGGUUGGAUGUUAGGGUUAUGAGAUUUCCUGAUAGAACAACUCCCAUUGGCCGCAUGAUUGGAGAGUACCUAGCCGGACAAAGCGACCAAGAAGAUCAUGUCAUCCACCUCCUGUUCUCGGCGAAUAGAUGGGAAGCCGCCGCCUCAAUAGAAUCCUCCCUCAACUCCGGCACCACCGUGAUAAUAGACCGCUACUACUACUCGGGCUGCGUCUACUCGGCCGCCAAAUCCAACCCCAGUCUUUCCCUAACCUGGGCACGGCACCCAGAGGAAGGCCUUCCGCGUCCAGACCUGGCCAUCUUUCUGGAUCUGAGUCCAGAGGAGGCGGCGAAGCGGGGUGGUUAUGGAGGGGAGAAGUACGAGAAGGUGGAGAUGCAGGAGAAGGUGAGGGAGUUGUUUGCGGUGUUGAGGGAGAGUAAGGAGGGGGAGGACUUUGUGACGGUGGAUGCAGGGGCGGGCGUGGACGAGGUGAGUAGGAGGGUGAGAGAGGUUGUGAGGGAAUGUAUGGAGAGGGUCGAUAGGGAACAGGCACCGUUGAGGUAUGUGGGGCCUUGGUGAUGGAGCCGGAGACCGAGAGCUUGCGGUUCCGGCCUAAGAGCUCGAAGAUAUCGAUCGAUGGUAGGGUAGACGGAAGACGCGGACGAGGUCAACGGCAACCGGCCUGGGACGUCCUGGAAACAAGGAGAUGGCACUCAGGGUGCUCGAGCAUUUCUCACCCCUUCUUCCUGCCGCCAGCAUAUGAGUCAAUGGAGGGGAACUCUUCUUCCUUUCCUUUUCCUCCUACAUAUCUGUCGAUAGAUGGGUACUCCUCUUCUCCAUCCUCG